UCACCAGCAUUAAGCCCAGCACGAUGAGAGACGCGUCUCACCAUAAACAUGUGUGAAGGGUUUUAGAGGUUCGUCUGACUUCAGCAAACCUCUCUGUGAUGAGAUACAGGCUGAUGAACAUUUGCGUGCAUCGCGCUUUAUCAGAGAAGAACUGAGGAACGCGCGCUACACAGGCACGUCAGCGCAGCUCCUGAUUUCUGCAGCUUGCACCCCCUGUUGAUGUGAAAGAUGAGUUUGUGUGGAAGAAAGGCACUGACACUCCUCAGCAGUGUGUUUGCUGUGUGUAGUCUGGGGCUGCUGGGCAUUGCCGUCAGCACUGACUACUGGCUCUACCUGGAAGAGGGGGUCAUCCUGCCUCUCAAUCAGAGCACUGAAAUUCGUAUGUCUCUCCAUUCAGGGCUUUGGAGGGUCUGUUUUCUUGCAGAGUUACCAGCCCCAGCUCGAGUGUUACCAACUGUUAAAUCAGGAGAGGAGAAGGGUCGCUGCUUCACUAUAGAGUAUGUGAUGCCCAUGAAUGUUCAGAUGACAUCAGAAUCUACGGCCAGCGUCUUGAAAAUGAUCCGCUCUGCUACUCCUUUUCCACUGGUCAGUCUAUUCUUCAUGUUCAUUGGCUUUGUGCUGAGUAAUAUUGGACACAUCCGUCCUCAACGCACUAUUCUGGCCUUCAUCUCUGGAAUCUUCUUUAUCCUGUCAGGUCUGUCCCUGGUGGUUGGUCUGGUCUUGUAUAUAUCCAGUAUUAAUGAUGAGAUGUUGAACAGAACGAAAACGAAUGAAGCUUAUUUCAGUUAUAAAUAUGGCUGGUCUUUUGCUUUUGCUGCAGUCUCCUUCCUGCUUACUGAGGCAGCAGGUGUGAUGUCUGUCUACCUGUUUAUGAAACGGUACACUGCAGAGGAGAUGUACAGGCCACACCCAGGUUUCUACAGACCACGCCUCAGUAACUGUUCUGACUAUUCUGGUCAGUUCCUGCAUCCAGAUGCCAGGGCUCGUGGACGCAGCCCCUCAGACAUCUCCAGUGUAGCAUCCCUCCAAAUGAAUUCAAACUACCCUGCCCUUCUCAAGUGUCCUGACUAUGAUCAGAUGUCUUCAUCGCCCUGUUGAGAUUGCAAAUACACAUUAGUGAUAUCUGAGAAGAAGAGAGCUCUACAGCUAAUUCUUGAAGAUGCUGUGCCCAGAAAUGGCUUUGGCACUGGAGAUCAUGUGUGUUUGGACGUUAUUUACUUGUCUUUGAGAGCUUUCAGUACCAAUGCAGUUUUUCCUGAGUUUAAUACAUCAGUUGAUGGUAUCAUGUUAUUUGCAGUGCACCACACUGAUGUGCAGCAAAUAGUAGUUAUCGCUGCCUUUUUCUUAAAGGUGUGGGUUUUAUUUUAGAAUAUUUUUAUUCAAACAGUCAGUUGGUUCUUUGCAAUUUUUUAAUCAAAACUGCAGUUUUAAUUUAAAAAAGAUGUAUGUUUAAAAAAACCCAUAAAACUAGAAAUGAUGGUAUAAAAUAAGUAUUUAAAUUAUUAAAAUUAUUGACUAAUCGCAGCCAUGGACCGGCAUGCCUGUUUGUUAAAGCACUUACUAGAAAAGAAUAUAAUGUGACACCAUUAAUAUGCACUUGUCCUUAAUAACCAUAACACAGAGCUUAAAUAUUGAUGUUUUAUGUUAUUUUUAUGUGUUGUGGUGUCACUGAGGAAACUAGUUGUGGUCUUUAGAUGAAAAUGAAUUUUGUGUUUGAUAUGAAUGUUAAUAUUAUUCUAGACUUCUAGAUUAUUUAUUUUAUUUAUUUAUUUAUUUUUUAUUUUUAUUUAUUUAGUUAUUUAUUUUCUUACACUUUAUUUUGAUGGUCCGCUUUGGACAUUCUCUUGACUAUAAGCAACCUUGCACCUACAUUUCAACUAAUUCUCAAUAGACUAUUAGUUUAGUAUUAGUAGGCUGUUAUGGGUAGGGUUAUUAGAAUAAGAUAUUAGGGUUAAUAGAAUAAAUUGACAUGUACUUGCAGAGUUACUUAAAUUCAGGAGAAUGUCUGUUGGGGAGGGGGAAUCAAAAUAAAGUGUUAGCAGAUAUUAAGUACACAGUCUACUAAUACUCUACUAAUACUCUAUUAAGAGUUAGUAGACAUGUAGGAACAACUUACUUAUUGUCAACAAAAUGUCUAAAAUGUGUUACUUUUUGUUAUAUGCUAGUGCUUUACAUUCUGAUCUAAUCAGAAGAUCAACACAUCAAUGCUGGGUUAAAUAUGGACAAACCCAGCGAUUGGGUUGUUUUCACCCAGCCAUUUUUUUUUUUUUUUUCAACAAAAUUUUGGGUUAAUUUUAAGUCAGCCAUAUAGUAAUUUUUAAUCAAUAGUUGAGUUAAAUAAACAGCUUCACAAACGAGGGUCAUGGAUUUGCACAAAACAUUAACAUGACGGCACAUGCUAGUCGACGAGUUGAAUCAACUCCACAGCAACUACAUGAAUUUAUCCACUAACCAUUCAGAAACGUCCAGUUGCACUUCUUCUUGAGUCUUUCCAUCAGUGUCCCACUCUGGUUUGAACAAUGUAAGGCUGAACACCAUUACUGACACUCAUCAUGUUGGUUGCGUGAGAGUCUCCAGCUUUGUUGUUGUUGAGCACGAGCUGUUAAAGCUCCGCCCUCUUUUGAAAAGCGUGCUGGGAGCGGCAGCUCAUUUGCAUUUAAAGGGACGCACACAAAAACUGCAUGUUUUUGUUCACACCCAAAUAGUUGCAAAUUUGACAAGCUAUAAUAAAUGAUCUGUGGGGUAUUUUGAGCUGAAACUUCAGACACAUUCUGGGGACACCAGAGACUUAUAUUACAUCUAAUAUUACAAUUAUAUUACAUCUAUUACAUCUUUAACCGAACCGCUGGGUUUGUCCAUAUUUAACCCAACUUGGGUUGUUUUUAACCCAGCAUUUUUUAGAGUAUAUUAUAAGAAAUAAAUAGUGUAUUAUUGAUUGUUUCACUGCGGUAUAUAUUAUAAAAAGAAUAAACAUGUAAAAUUCUAUGUAUGUUUUAUAAUAAAUUUCUCCACUGUAUAUAUAU